GAUAUCCCAAGCUCCGCGCGACCGCGCCGGAUCUCCGCGUGGUAUCGCUAGCCGUUCAGCUCUUCGCGAUUAUUCCUUCUGACGGCUCUGAUCCGCGCUAAGAACCCGCAGCCUGCAAGCUACUGAGACUUCUUUCUCUUGACUCUGCGCAUUCGGCUCCUUGUCUGAACAGGAUGGACAAGAUGAGCAGGCUCGUGUUUCCGGCGUGCGCGCUGUGCUGCCUGGUGUUCGCCGUGACGAGAUGCGAAGCUCAGAGCAUCGACUUCAAGCGCGAGGCUGCCGGCCGGCUGCUUUCCAUCACAAACCACACGGUGGAGCUGAUCGGGCCGUGGAUCUACAUCGCCCGCUACCUCAUCUACCUCAUGGCCAAAGAGCCCGUCAGACCGGAUUUCUUCUAUGACUUCCUGGAACAAAGAACUGAACCUACAUUUAAGAACCUGAUCAACCAGGUGCGCAUCCACCAGCCGCACAUCUACCAGUUGUUCCAGGUGAUCCUGGUUUUGACCAAUAUCACCGCGGUCGUGGCAUUCACGACAUUCGCGCUCCGUUCCGCCGGCACCUGCGGUGCGUCCACCAGCCAGGACGUCACCAUCAACUACCGCCUGCUCUUCCACACGUACACGGCGUCGGCCCUGAUCAUCUGCGGAUCCGUGAUGUAUUACACGACGGCUCAACCUCCCUACUCGUUGCUGGACCAGCUGAGGUUGCCUUGA